AUGUCGCGUCUUCCGUUGUUGUUCGCCUUGGUUGUUGUGGUAGUUGGAGCUCAAGAACCGGAUCCAAAAUGUGGCACUGCCGAGACAGACUAUGCUCCGUGUGUCCCUAAAGAUAGAGCCGACUCUCUGUUCGCUCACUGCUGUCGCCAGUACGCUCCUGAAGGAUGUCAGGCGCUUUGUCAGUAUGAGACUGAUGAACUGACUGCCAGGAAUUUGGUAAGAAUAUCGUUUGCAACGAGCAUAUUGUUCGUAUAAAAAUUAAAAGCCUAAAUACUAAUGUUUUCAGCUACUCCAAUCCGUGAAGACCGGAAAAUGUGAUCUUAAACACAUGAGCACCGUCCUCUACUGUGCUUCCCAAAACCAGGACAACAGAAAGUGUUGCGAACAUCUCAAUCUAUCGGAUAACAAACUCGGCGUUGGAAAUAGAUGCCUCCGUUUCUGUGAUCCCGCAGGAGAAGGCAUUUCAUCCAUCAGUCGUACCGAUGUGACCUGUUUAUUCAACUGGAAUGUCCUCAUGUACUGCCAUCAGUCUGGCAUCAAGGUCGAAUAA